GUCAGCAAACAACUCAGAUAAAUACAACUCAAACAUUUGAUUCCAGGAAACUGAGUUUAAUGGCAUUGCCUUAACAACUGUAGGAUCAGAGGGAACACCAAGCCUGCCAGGGGAACAGAAGUCAUCACCUAGGAGGUGAUAUGUGAAGGCACCUCGAAGGAUGAUGAAUGGAACAUUUCUUGGGCCCACCAGGAGCACCUGGCCUGAGUCCAACUGGACUGCCCCACAGGAGUUCAUAAUCCUGGGCUUCUCCGGGUGGCCCCCAGGCCUCCGAGUGCUGCUCUUUGGGCUGCUCCUGCCACUCUACCUGGCCACCCUGGCGGGGAACCUGCUCAUCCUGGGCCUGGCCCUGGCUGAGCCCACACUACACACACCCAUGUACUUCUUCCUGGGUGCAUUGUCAGCCGUGGAGGUGGCCUACACACUGGUGCUCACCCCACGCAUGUUGGCCGGCUUCCUCCUGCCUCCUGGGGGCCAGGCUGUGGCCCCCUCCACCUGUGCUGCCCAGAUGGGCCUUUUUGUGGCUCUGGGUGGCUCCGAGUGCCUGCUGCUGGCCGCCAUGGCCCUGGACCGCUACCUGGCCAUCUGCCACCCACUCUACUACCCUCAGCUAAUGACUGCAGGGCUCUGCUGGGCCCUUCUGGCCUGUAGCUGCACAGGCGGCUCGGUCUUGGCUGUAGGCCUCACCACCACCAUAUUCCAGCUGCCCUUCUGCCAUGGUGGCCUUGUCAACCACGUCUUCUGCGACCUCCCAGCUGUGCUGGUGCUGGCCUGUGGGAACCGGAAGCUGCAGGAACAUGUGCUCCUGGUGGCCUGCCUGCUGCUGCUGGUGCUGCCCCUGUUCCUGAUACUGCUCUCCUACACCAGGGUGCUUGUGGUCAUCCUGGGGGUUGGGGAUGCUGCAGGCCGCCGCAAGGCCUUCAACACGGUGGCAUCCCAUCUCACGGUGGCCGUGCUCCACUACGGCUGUGCUACGGCCAUGUAUGCCAGGCCCCUGAGCAGCCGCUCCCUGGAGGAGGACAAGCUGGUGUCGCUCAUCUACAUCAACCUCACCCCGCUGCUGUACCCAGCCAUUUACACACUGCGCAACCGGGACAUCCAGGGUGCCCUGCAGCGAGCCAUCAGCCAGAGGACUCCAGGGACGGCCCACGAGGCUAAGCUUACCUAACACUGGGCAUCAGCUCCUGAGAUUUCCCCUGAUGGGAACCUCUCCAUUCCAGAGCCAUCUGAGGCUCCCAGGCUCACUGGACAGAAACUUGGGAAGGGCAUCCAAGAACCUCAAAAUCCAGCUCCUACAGAGCUCAGUAUCUGUGGACAUUUUGAACCAGACAAUUCUUUGUUGUGGGGGACACUAUGCACUGUAGGAUGUGCAGCAGUACUUCAGGCCUCUGCUCACUUGAUGCCACCCCUGAGAUGUGACAAAAAAUGUCACUGGAGGGCUACGGUGUAGCUCAGUGGUAGAGUGCUUGCCUAGCAAUGCAUGAGGUCCUGGGUUCAAAUUGAAAAAAAGAAGUCACCGGACACUACCCACAGGUUCCCUGAGGGGAAAAUAACUGCUGGUUUCUGCUGCUCUACACCUAGCCACACAGUAUCUUCUGAAGAGAAACAAGGACUUCUGUACAAUUUUUCAGAAGCAUUUAUAGGCAAAGACUGGAAAAUAAUGUGCACAAAUGCGCACUAAGUAAGAACUUGUGGGGCCAGGGAUUUAGCUCAGUGGUGCCUCUGCUUGCCUUGCAAGCACAAGGUCCUGAGUUCAAUCCCCAGUACCAAAAAGAAAAAGAACUUGUGGCAUAUUCACACAAUAAAAUACAGUAAUGCUUCAGUUCAUGAAUGCUUCCAUUCGAGAACACUGGAUUGGGUGAUGAACACAAACAUGGCCAUCUUCCCCAGAAUUGUGGAAUGAAGUUUGUGAAUCAAGGUACCACUGUACUACACAGCUGUAAAAAAGAAUGAACCACAGCUACCAGCUGAAAAAGACAAAGUUAUAGCUGUGGUGUCCAAGAAGCAAGACCCAGAGAAUCCUUACCGUGCAGUUCCAUCCAAAGGGCAAUGACAAACUAAUUGAUGGUGGCUGAUGUCUUAAGAAUCGUCACCUGGGUUUGAGCUGGCAGGGAGGAUGGAGAGAUCACCUGGGUACUUGAAGAGUCCUGUCUCUUGGUUUGGGUGGGAAUUACAGGGGUAUGUAGGUGGGCAGACCUUUAUCAAGAUGCACACUGUGAAGGCUUGUGUCCUCUAAGGUGUGUAAAAUAAGCUACACCUGAUUCCAACUAGUUACAAGAUGCAGCAAGCUUUGCCCACUCCUGCCUCUGUCGUGCUGUUAGGUGGCUGUGGUGCUCCCAGUUCUCUUGUGAAAAUCCCUGUGACUCUAGGAUCUGCCCUGGUACUGUUUCCUCUGUGAACCCCUCCUGGGUACCUGGCCUUCCAUUAUAACCACUGUACUCUAAAAUGAAUUUCAGCCUUUGCUUCUGUGACCACCCACCCACAAUUAGAGUGUGAGCUCUUUAAGGACAAGUUUUCAGGCUCUCUCCUUAUGUUUCAAGAUCCAUGAACUUGAAGUUCUUAAUAUCUAAUGGAGGACUAAACCAUGGAAAAACCCUGGGUUAUUUGGGGGGCUUUAAAUAUUGGGCCCCUUGGGACAUAGCCCUGGAACCCUACUGAGAACAAGAACCUGUCCCUUGUAGCCUUUCUCUCUUCCUUUCUUUCUGCAUCCUUUCUUCACUCCCCCAUUGUCUUUGUACUGGGGAUUAAGCCCAGGGCCUUCACCCUGAACUACAUCCCCUGCCCUUUUUAUCGAGAUAGAUCUCGCUAAAUUGCCCAUGGUGGGCUCAAACUUGCCAGCCAUCAGCCUCAGCCUCCCAGAGGAAUAAGACUAUAGGUGUGUGCCACCCUGCCCAGCCCCUGGAGUCUUUUAUUCUAAGCAUGUCAGAACUGGCUGUGAGGAACCAAGUAGGUUGGCAGUUGCUGGGCCCAACUUACUGAUGCCAAGGUGCCCUGAAAAUAGGUUUUUAACUUGGUAUAAAUAAUGGUAUUCAGAAAACCUGAAAGCCCCCAAGCCCAGGAUUCAAAAUUCCGUGGAACUUUUCCCUAAGAUGUGACUAAUGACUAUCCUCAGCCUAAAACUAUCCCCUGAAGAGCCUAAAAGUCUUAAGGCAGCAUAAGCACAGGUAAAUUCUGCUUCCCCACACUUCUGGCUAGAGACUGUGCCUCUGUGAGUGCUGACUUAGAACCGGGGGCAAACAGUACCUGGCUGGGUGAGACUGCACAAGUCUCUCGAGAGGUCUUUCCACAUCACCUCCAACCUUGCCUUCUGCUUCUCCAGCACCAGAAACAGAAAUCUCAGACUCCUCCCCAAAUCCUGUAGGUAAAAGGGAAGUGAUCUCCACUAGGUGAGAUUUAGGACUAUGUUUUUCCUUUGAAGACUAUGUGCAGAGAAGUUUUAGGUUCACAGAACAACUAGAAGGUACAGAAAGGUCCAGGACCUGCUGUAGCACACACAAGAUUUUGCGUGGGAAUCCUGAGACACCUCGCUCCAAGGGUCAUCUCCCCAGAACACCUCUUUGCUUCUAUAAGUUGUUUCAAAGACCACAGCACCCUUUUAUACUAAUUGCUCUGUUUUUCAACCAGGAUAUGAAUAGGGCCAGUUCAAAACUCAGGCAAAACAUAGCUCAGUGUUGGACUCCUCGUGGUAAGCUCGUGUUUACACAUGCCCAGGGAGAGAGGGACAAGCUUUCCAUCUAUCUUCCCUUCCUCUCUACACAGACUUUGGAGAAUCCUGGAUUUGAAUUGUGUCACUGCCAACUGUCUGCCCUGUGUGGCCUCAAAGCCUCAACCUGUAGUCCUUGACAUGCAAGGUUCUGGGCUGCACCCUUGCUGUAGCUCAGGAUCAACUGGUGUUUGGUUGCCUCUACACAGCUAGCAUCUGCAAAGUGAGUGAGAGGCAAAUUAUGCAUUUAAAAGAAUGUUAGCUUUUAUUGUCCAUCAUUUCUAGUUGUUUAUAGUAAAUUGUUUUGCUUUAGACCAUCUACCACAUUGCCAGAAAGGGAGACCCAAGCUCACACAUUUAAUACAUAACUUUUAGCUAGUUGAUCGAGAGAGAUCAGAAGAUGUCAUGAAAUCAUUAGCUUCCAUCCAGGGGCUCUGAUAUAAUAGGUGGUACCAUCUAUGGACUUCUACUCAAUAAAUUCCUACUGUUCCCAUUAUUAAUUCAAAGACAGAGGGUAUUGUUUAACAUAAAGUCUUGAUAUAUAUAUUAUUCUAUAUAUUUGGUGUGUAGGUCUACAA